AUGACUACUUCAAAUUAUUUAAAAAAUGAAACGAAACUUUAUAAAGAUUCAGUUAACACACCUAACUAUUAUUAUGAUAGUGAUGUCAUUGAAAUUAUAAGUUUAAAUGACAACGAGCCAAAGCUCGGUACUGCAACAGAUUCAAGUGGUUUUGAAAAAAGCCCAGAAACAAAAAUAAGUUGCAACAAGCUGAGGGAGGCAAGUAGCGACAUUGAAAUCAUUGAAGAUAUAAACGACUACAAUUAUAAUAAAAUAAAAUUAGCAAAGAUAAAAGAGUUUGAAAAAUCAAAUAAAAAGGCUCAAUUCGUAAGGGAUAAAGGAGUCUUUUUUGAGUAUUACUUAGGUUGCAUAGAUACCGACUCAAUAAUUCUGUCUAGCGAAAUAUGUGAAGUUAAAAAUGACAAAGAUAUAAUAAUAAGCUAUGAAAUAAUCCCGAAGUCAACCAAAAGAUCUUAUUCACCCAUGUAUACGUUACAAAUAAACAAUAAUUAUGUUAUAUCAAAUGAUUAUAUCAAAAUAAUGGGUAGAAAUAUUCCAACAAAUACAAAUAAAAUAAAAAAAAAAAAAGUUUUAACAAAAAAAAGUAUUGCAAGUGCAGGUAAUGAAAAUUAUUCGGAGUUACAUUAUGACUCUAGUAAAAUUAUAUCAGCAGAUAAAAAAUAUGUGGAAUUUGAAAAGGGUAAAAAUGAGGUAUUAAAAGAUAUUAAUGAAGGGUAUUCAUGUAUAAGAAUAAAACAUAAUAAUAGGGAUAUUUCAAAAUUAAAAAGUCAGUUAUCCAAAACGUUGAGUGUUCUUUUAGUUCUAAAUGCUAUAAGAAUAGAAAUAAAAUUAGAAAAAGUUUCUUUAAGUGAUUUGAAGUUUGGUGGAAGUUUAAAAACAUUCAUUCAUGUGAUAUUAUAUCCUGAUUCUUUUAAAAUAGACACUCAUAAAUAUCAUGAAUAUAAUUCUCUAAUUAAAAGUAGUGUUGAUCAUUUAUUUAAAGAGUUAAAAAUUACUCCCUUGCGACUAGCCAAAAAUGUGGAUAUGGAUUCUUUUGAAAGUACAAAUAUUAAAAUAAACAAAGAAAGUUUAUUAUUAUCUUCAAACAGCCUACUUCAAAUUGAUAAUUCCAGUUAUAACAAAAGAGAUAGGAGUGGUAAAAAUAGCGGGGAUAACUUCAGUGGGUUUAGCACACCACACAAGGCCUUAGGCUUUAGCAGUACUUCAAAAAAAUCAAUUCUAGAUUCAUCAUCAUUAAGUAGAACGAAGGAGGAAGAAGAAACGUUAGACACAUUAAGUGAAAAUGAGAUGGAGGAAAAGAACGAGGACGCUACAAAUUUAGUUUUUUUGGAGGAAAAGUAUAGAGGUGGGUACUUACUUGAAGACUUUGAAGAAAUUUACCCAGAUGAUUAUUACUUUAAGCCUAAGUUGAAGACAUAUCAAGCGGAGGGGAUAUGGUGGAUGUAUAUCAGAGAAAACCCUCCGGAAUAUUUGAAGACAAAUAAUGUAAAAAGCGAUAACAUAAAGGAAAUUGUAAUUGACGAAAUUAGUAACAUGAGCAAAAUUAGAGAUAUUAGAAAAAUUAGGGGCAUGAACAAAAUGAACGACAUGAACAAAAUUAGCGACAUGAACAAAAUUAGCGACAUGAACAAAAUGAGCGACAUGAACAAAAAUAAUAAAUUUCCUGAACAUAGUGUGAAAAAGGAAAUGCAGGUGCAUGCCAUAAUUAAGGAGAAUUUUUCUAUAAAGUCAGGCGAAAAUAUCAGAAAUUAUGUAGUUUCUCAGGGGCAAAGUAUCAACAAAGGAGACCAAUGUAAGCACGAUAUUUGCUAUGAACCUGUUCAUAGGAAAGAUAAAAACGAUGAAGAAGAGAAUAAACUUGUUCAUAUUAGAAAAGGGGACCAAGAAUAUAACAGUGGAAAUAAUGACUACCAAGGUGGUAUUAUAAGGGGUGAAGAUGUCGAUGACAUUAGAUCCUGUGAAGACGGACGUGACAACUUAAAAGGGGACGACUUCAGUGACAGUAGAAAUAGGGAUGACCCAGUUGACAGUAGAAAUAGUGCUAAACCAGAUGGGAAUAUAAAAGGGGAAGGUGUCGAUGACCGUAUAAACGAAGAUGGAUGUGGCAUCCGAAACAAUGACGACGGCGAUGAUAUUAGAAACACAGUACCGCUUAACCCGCUGUGGGAAGAACAUGCAUUUAUUCCAAACAUAAAAAUAUAUGAAAAGGAAAACAUAGUGUGUGUAUUAAAAUAUUUCUAUGUUAACAAACUAACAGGCUGCUUUUCUCUGACAUAUCCUCAGUAUGUACCUCCUUUUCGAGGUGGUAUAUUAGCAGACGAAAUGGGAUUAGGUAAAACUAUUCAAAGUAUAGGUUUGAUUACAUAUGAUACAUAUCAUAAUAAGAUACAUAUAAAAAACAAUGAUAUAGAAAACAAGAAUAAUUUUAUAUAUUUAAUUGAAAAUACGAUAAAGGGAUCUAAUUUUAAGAAAGGAGGAACGUUAAUUGUCGCACCAUUGGCACUGAUAUAUCAGUGGAAACAAGAAAUGGAGAGACACACAAAGGAAGGGUUCUUAAGUUUCUACAUAUAUUACGGUAGCUCAAAAGAUAUAAGUAGUGAAGAAUUGGCAAAAUAUUCUGUUGUUCUGACCACCUACUCGACAUUAGUAUCCGAAUAUAAGAAUACGUUAAAUAAGAAAAGCAUGCAUUGGGAAGAAAAUGACAAAGGUGUUGGGAGUGGCGUCCGUAGUGGUAACAACAAGAAAAAUGGAAACAAUAAUGGCAGUAGUAACAAUAAUAAUAAUAAUAGUAGUAACAGUAGUGGUGAUAAAGGUGGAAAAAGUAAUUAUAGGAACCAUCGCUAUGGGUAUAAGCAGGAGAAUGAGGAAGAGGAGUGCACGCCAAAAGAAGGGGAAAAUACAGUUAAGGAAAAAAAAUUAAAUAAUUUUUUUAUGAAAACUGUUUUAAGUAAAGUACUUGGCACAACUAGUGGUAGCAACGUGUUAAAAGGGAGUGAAGAAAAAAAGACAAACAAAAUAGGUAAUAAUGUAAAGAUGUAUCCAUUAUACGAAAUAACAUGGAGAAGGAUAAUAAUAGAUGAAGCACAUGUUAUAAAGAAUAAGAAUUCUUUUCAAUCUGUUGCAGUAUGGAAACUACGAGGAGAAAGAAAAUGGUGCUUAACAGGUACACCUAUACAGAAUUCAUUAUUUGAUAUAUUCCCGUUAUUUCGAUUCCUUGGAAUAAAACCAUAUGGAACCAUUGAAUGGUGGAAUAAAGAAAUUGUGGAAUAUGUAAAUAAGAAUAAAUUACAUUUAGCCUUUGAUGUAGUUAGGAAAAUAUCAUCUCCUAUUUUGUUAAGAAGAACAAAAAAAUCAAAAACGAAAAAUGGGGAUGCGCUAAUAUCUUUACCAAAAAAAAAUAUUCAUUUAUUAAAAUUAGAAUUUUCUUUAGAAGAGGAAGAUUUUUAUCGAGCAAUUUUUUAUAGAAGUAAAACAAAAUUUGAUACAUAUAUGCAUGAUGGAAAUGUAUUAAGUCAUUAUUCUCAUGUGUUACAACUACUUCUGAGACUGAGACAAUGUUGUUCUCAUCCGCUAUUAUUAUUUUCAAAACCUUUUUUUGAAGAAUGGAAUAAAGAAGAUAUAAAUGAUGCUUUACAAAAAAAAAAUGAUAAUUCUUUAGUAUCACAAGAAAAAGAUGAAAAAAAUAGUAAAUCUCUCAGUAAACAAAUGAAUACUAGUGAAACACAUGAAUUUAUUGAUAAACAAAUAGGAGAUAAUUUAAUAUACAACUUUAUACUAAGUGCAACUAACUCAAAGAAGGUGGAUGACUAUUUACAAGAAUUAGAAAUAUUAAAAAAUGGAAGCAUCAUGCAAUGUGUUAUAUGUUUAGAAGAUGCUAUUUUCCCGUUAAUAAGUAAAUGUUUACAUAUAAUGUGUAAAAAAUGUGCAGAUGAUUAUUUUCAUUUAACUCAAAUAGCAGAAAAAAAAUGUCCGGAAUGUAAUAAUUAUAUUAGUUUAAAAUCUUUAAAGGCAUUACAAGAAAAUAAAUCGCCCCUUGAUGAGCUGCUAAAAAAAAUGAAAAAGGAGAAUUUUGUUUAUUCAACUAAAUUAAAAAAACUAUUCGAUCAUGUACAAAAUGAUAUGAAAAAUGAGUUACAUAUUGUCGUUUUUUCUCAAUGGAUAGGUCUCCUUAAAAUUAUUGAAAAAUUAUUAACCCUUCAUAAUAUUCCAAACAAAAUUUAUGAUGGAUCUUUAACUUAUGAACAACGUAAGUUUACUCUCCAUUGGUUUAAUGUUCAAAAGGGAAAAAUAUAUCAACCAGGAGUAGGUUUUGUAAAACCUUCUUAUUAUAUACCUAUGGAAAAUAUUGCUGGUAAAGUUUUAUUAUGCUCUCUAAAAGCAGGAGGAGUAGGCUUAAAUUUAACCGUUUCAUCAAAAGUAUAUCUCAUGGACUUAUGGUGGAAUCCAGCCAUAGAAGACCAAGCAUUUGAGCGAAUACACAGAAUUGGGCAGUUAAAAGACGUAAACAUUUACAAGUUUGUUGUUGAAAAAACAGUAGAAGAAAGAAUUUUACAAAUUCAUCAAAGUAAACAGUAUACAGCCAAUCAAAUCUUAGCACAAGAAGGCAACAAAAUUAACUCGGAGAUGAAUCUUCCCCCACAAAAACUGGGAAUGGAUGACUUCAUACUCAUGUUCAAGGACUGGAAUUCCGAGGAGUAG